AUGGAUUCCGCCAAAGUCGAGACGCAAAACGCUACCGAGGAUAUAAACCGUGAUGCUGAGACCAAACCCCCGGUCGCGCCUAGCAAUGGCAGCACAAACAAGAAUCCCAAGCCAAGGCUCAAAAAAGCCCUCCUCAAACAAUUCAUUACACUCUCAGAGGCACACGACGCGGAAGAAGACAUGAGGGCCGAGCUGCAAUAUGCGUUGAAGAGGACAAAGUUUUAUACCUACUUCGAACAGAGACUUGAUCAGAUCCGGCAGCUUGUAGCUUUUCAUUGCGGAUUGAACCCCGACCAGGUACAGGUGCCAGAAAUAUUUGAGAACAAUGCGCUUGUAUGGCUGCAUGGAACAUUUAACAUGUGUAUUCCUCUACGCAUCAAAAACCCUGGACCGUCUCUGCCUUCCAAACUGGCGUUUAGGGUCCCCCUGCCAUAUAGGGUCGGCGAGGAUGCGUACCCUGGAAAUUCGGAAGAAAAACUGCGGUCCGAAACUGCGACAUACAUUUGGAUUGAGAAGAACUGUCCGGAUAUUCCAAUCCCAAAGCUACGGGGGUUUGGGAUGCCAAAUGGACUAAGUUUUUGUGACCCCAGCUUUGUUCCAUUAUGGGACAGGGCCAAAUUCUAUAUCAGACGAUUUGUCAAUCUCCUCUUAAAACGCCAGAGUGACAUGAGCAAUUUUGUUUUGCAGAAGAGAAAUGUAGUCCUAGAGCAUGGCUAUAUGCUCAUUGACUGGAUCGAAUAUGAUGAUGUGCAAAUGCUCUCUAAUACAUUCCAGCUACCACAUACAGACCUACAGACCGAGAACCUUUACCGGAGCAUGUCAAAAAUCAUGAUCUCCCUUGCUAAGGUCCCGCAGCCUCGGAUCGGGUCUUGGACCAUCAAUAACGAUGGUCGAAUCAGUUUGACCAACCGUCCCAUGUUCUGUCAUCUCAACAUAUUGGAAAACUGGUAUAUUCCAACUGAUAUUCCUCGCAACAUGACCUACACAAGCGCUGAUAGCUUCUACCUGGAUUUGCUUGCUGGUCAUGAUAAUCGUCUUCAACAUCAGGCGAAUGCUGCAUUCAAUGACGAUGAUGCACGUGGUCAAGCGGCAGACAUCCUGCUUAUGAGGGCACUGCUCCAUAAGUUCACUGAUCGUCGGCUCCGUGAUGGGCCAUUUGUUAUGCAGCUGACAGAUAUGCACUGUAGCAACAUCCUGGUCGAUAAAGAUUGGAACAUUAAGCAUGUUAUUGACCUUGAAUGGGCAUGCUCUCUACCCCUAGAAACUUUAUUGCCUCCAUUUUGGCUAACAGAAGAGGCCAUUGAUACUCUCACUGGCGACAAGUAUGAGAAGUUCAAGACUCAAUAUGAGCGGUUCGUGGAAGUAUUCGAGGAAGAGGAAAUGCGUGUGAACGCACCGCUACAAUUAAAUGGAACGGCUCUCUUGCGGGCGGCGCCUAUGAAGACAAGUCUAAAUGAAGCUCGAUUCUUUUACUUGUGGGCGCUACAGUCUCCAAAAGGCUUGUUCAACGUCUCUAGGCAGCACCUCCAUUCCAUGUUUGACAAGGUGUCGAGAGGUACUCUUAUAGAUGCAAUAUCCCCCUUUUGGACGCCCGGAAUGGCUUGUUUUGUGAAAUCAAAAUUGGACAAGUAUAAUCAAUACCUUCAAGACGUCUUUGAUAUUUUCAAUAGCGAAAAGAGCGGAAAGGCAUACUAUGUUUAA